GGCACACUAACAAAAACGACGCUAGCGACAUUCAACGACCGGAGUGAUAGCUCGUACUGAAACCCCAGUUUUUUGGGAACCAUAUCAACAACUACGGGCUUUACUUACCAAAGGGCUUUACACUUUACACUUCUAUGAGGAUCCAUCUUCGUUGGCAUUAGUAGAGAGUAGAGAAAAGAGAAUCAGCGGAACUUUCCAAGUGGCCAGACGCGCCAGUGACCAGAUUGAUCAACGCCCUCAGGUCAUAGGAGGAGUGCUGUAGGCGUAACUGUAUAAGAAGAAGUAGUAGAGAAUCAGCGUUCGUAACGUUUGUCUGGUAGUUUAACAAAAAAGAUAAAAAAAAAGAGGCAGCACGUUUAGAGUUUGCGUACGGGUGGACGACAAUGCUGUAGUAUUCUUUGCGGAAGAUGCAUCAAUCAAACAUAACCCCAACAGCAAUUUGAGUGUUUAAUCGAAGAGUUUUAGAAUUCAAGAUUUAAAUUUUAUCUAUAAAACAAUUUUCACCCAGGAUUCAAGUUUUUACGUCAGAAACAUGAAAAUCUAUAGAAUCGCUGCCGUGAUUUAUCGAUUCAGUAGUUCCUAUGUUACACUACGAAAUUUGCCAAAAAACCUUUCGCGCAAUAUCAGAUUUCGUAGCUCCGUUACAAAAACCAAUGUCAAUAGCAAAAAAAGUACUUGGUUUGGUAUUUUGUGGAAGCGCUGGGAAUUUAGAGUGCCUUUGGGUGUUGGUGUGACGCUUCUUGGUGUUUUGCAAUGGAGACACUUGCGGAAACAUCCCUAUGCUAUUGAAAGCAAGCCUGUUAAAGGGCCAGUCACUGAUUUAAUGGUUGAAUGUUAUUGUUGCUUGCCAUUGAGAAUAACCAGCCGAAUUUUUGGUUGGCUAGCCAGCAUCGAACUUCCUAUCAGGCUAAGACCAAUGCUUUACAAUCUUUAUGCCAAAUCUUUCCAGGCUAAUCUCCAAGAAAUUGAUGAUGAUCUUUCCACUUUCCCAAGCUUGGUGGAUUUCUUUGUUAGAAGUUUGAAAAAAAAUGCAAGACCUAUCAAUCCUCAUACGAACAUUGUUUCUCCUUCAGAUGGCAGAGUUCUGCACUUUGGCAAAGUUGCAUCCUGCAGAGUUGAGCAAGUGAAAGGAAUAACGUAUAAUUUGCGACAUUUCCUUGGUGAUUCUUUACCGGAUGGAAAUAUCGAGACUGGACGUAAGUCUGAAAAGUGCGACGAUUAUGUUUGCUCCCUGCUCAAAGAUCCAAACAAUUGUCUAUAUCAGCUGAUAGUUUAUCUUGCACCCGGAGACUAUCAUCGUUUCCACAGCCCCACCGAUUGGUCGAUUCAUCAUCGCAGACAUUUUCAAGGAAAAUUAUUGAGUGUCAAUCCAAGAAUAGCCAGUUGGUUACCAGAUCUCUUCGCGAUGAAUGAACGAGUUGUUUACACGGGUGAAUGGGAGGGUGGUUUUAUGGCAUACGCAGCGGUUGGAGCGACUAAUGUUGGUUCGAUAAAAGUUUACUGUGAUCGUGAUUUGACAACGAAUCAACGAAAAUGGCCAAACGGCAAAGUGCGGGAAGACGCUAAUUUGGAACUUACGAGGGUGAAGAAAGGCGAACUUUUUGGUGAAUUUCGAAUGGGCUCGACAAUCGUAUUACUUUUUGAGGCCCCAAAAGAUUUUUCGUUCUCUCUUACACCAGGCCAACAGAUUAAAGUUGGCGAAUCGCUUACCGACGACUCUUUUUUAUUUCGAAAAACAAUGAGAGAUCGUAGCAAUUUAAAUCGAGGAAUUGCUCACGCUUUAGGAAUCAUCAUCAAUGAAAAAUCAUUAACACUGGAUCAUUAAAACAAUAUAGAUAACUGAAUAUUUCAUAAUUAAAUGUCAAUUUUAUUCUUAAUGUAGAUAUUCCUUUUUUUAUCGUUUUAAUUCGAACAUUUUUUAAUCAAAGCCCAGCGGCGAUCGUUCUUUCAUUAAUGGGACACAAUUUCUUCCGACAUUAUAUUGAAAUUCAGAAUGUGUUAAAAACAAAAAUCGCAAAAAUGUCGAGGGUGGUAAUUGAAAAUGAUACUAUUUUCUUUUUCUCCAUAGAUUUCGAACUUUAUGAAAUCACUCUUGUGGGUCGUUUUUUUUCUAAAUAAAAUUAUGAGGAACCCCUACUUGCCCACUAAUAUUAUAAAUGCGAAAGUAACUUUGUCAGCCUGUUACUACCUCAUGCUUAAACCACUGAACUGAUUUAGAUGAAAUUUGGUAUGGAGAUAGUUUGAACCUGGGAAAAGACAUAGGAUAGUUUUUAUUACAGAAAUCCCCUUAUAGAUGUGAAAAGGGUACCCCAUACAAACGUAUGGGGUCCCGUGGUACUAAUUCUACGCAGAUGAAGUCGCAAAUGGAAGCUAGUUAUCUAUAAUUUUUAUUUCAAACUUCUGAAUUCAAACCUUCGGUAACUUCGAUAAUAUCUUGACGAACUGAACUAAUCUAUUCCAAAUUUGACAUGAUUAUUUUGUAGACAAGCACACAUUUAAAAUGGAGGGUGAAUCAAUGUUUGUGUAUCAUAUUUACGGGUCAAAGGUAAAAAAUGAUUCAUAGAUAAGAGAAGUCAACACAGACUGUUCGAGGAACAUAUUUGCAUAUUGUCUAAAAGUCUACAUAGAGAGAGUGAAGGUAUACAUUAUCUCAAUUUUAACUUUUUCUUUAUCUUGUAAAAAAUAAAUUAGUUCCUCCAGCACUAUUAAUCUUUAUCAUUCCUUUAUUGUUGCUUGAAUCAUAAGUUCUUUGGCAGAGUGAAAUGUGGCAGAAGAAUGUGACAAACUUUCUUAUCCGUUUAUUCAAUGUUUAAGGUGAUCUAUUACUUGCGUGGUGCUUGCGUGAGUGCGAGAGAGAUAGCUGCAAAAUGGUUACACGUUUUAUUCGGACAUCCUUGAUUUUUUGAGAAAAAUAAAAGUUACACCUUGUUCUCUAAUAAAAUGAGAAUAGCGUGUAACUCAUAUUUUCUUUCAAAUAUCAACCUACUCUGAAUGAAACGUGUAGUAGGAUUUUUACCGACUGAACAACUGAUAGAUCACGUUAAAGGAUAAUAUCGACAUUUAAAAUACCGUAACAAAAAAUGAUCAUCGAGGAAAAGAUAGCGGUCGGUACAGUAGGAAUGGACUCUCUCGUAUGGCUUAUAUAUCGAUAAAAACCAAAAGAUCUUCCUAAAGUUUUCGGAACAGAGAAAAACGUCGGACUAAUAAAAAUGGGGAGAUGCAGAUAAUGAGUCCAGCUGUAUCAAUCGCGGAGGCGAUUGGUUAAGAACUCUAAUAAGAAAGAAAAUUUUUUACGCGACAGAUAGAAUGAAGCUUCGAGAAUGAUAUAAUCAAACAGAAACUUGUAAUCAUUUGGCAAUAGUCGUUCGAAGACCUCGUCAUAUUUUUAGAAUAUUGUUUGGAGUUUAAAAAAGGACUUUUCAAUCGUUUUUUCGAGGAAACUAAAACAUGUAUUUUUAUUCGAAAUCUCUCGCCUCUUUUUAUAGCGGUAUCGUGCUGAAAUCUCGAAAGAAUGGAGUCAAACAAGUGCUACCCUCUUUGAGGAUAAGUAUUGGAAUCUGAUGAAGUUUGCGUGAGAAGAGAACUUGAGCUUGAACCGAUUUUAUCGACCGAAUUCUGUAUCUCAGUGUGAUAAAUAAAUAAUUUGAUGCUUCUCA